CGAUGCUCAAUGUAACAUGUAACCCGGGGAGGGGCAGUGGCACUGGUUCUCUCGGCAAUUCUCGGGUUCUCUCUCCUCGAAGGAGUUUGUCGACUGUAGGAGGUGGAAUGGAGGAAUGGGGAAAGGCACAAGACCCAAGGCAAAAGCCAAUGCACAGCUAGAAUUCAGUGAAGUCUCGUUGUAACCCUCGAAGAGCGCCAUGAAACUCUGUGAUCCAGUCAAAACAUAUCCCGGGAUUUUAGUCAAUUCGACAAAAACCAGUCAUUGAUUUUAUUAUCAUAUAUUAUAUAUUUUUUACAGUUAGUCUGUGAUUCGGUGGUGGUGUGGAUUUAGAUAUUUCAACUGUAAUUGUCAUGCUAUCGUCCGCUGAUUGUUUGAACAUCGAUGAUUGACACAAGUGUAUUGGCACGGGUGUCACGAAUUUAUUUGGAAUGAUGGCUGCUGCUUGCCAUCGGACAAGUCAAUUCAGUGCACAGGUGUCCAUCUCUCGCUAUAUUUCACCCUGGAGUUUAUCGUGAUAGUGAAGUUUGUCUUCCUCACGGCUUUUAUGGGUAUUUUGUGAUAUUGGUGAUUGAUUUUAUUGUUAAAUACCUGGAUUUCAUUCUGGAUAAAAAUGACUGGUCGGAGGGAGCAGGCGAUAUUUAUUUCUAAGCGUCAGGUUCUUCUUGUACUCGUUGUACUAAUCGCUGAGGUGACGUACUCGGCUGACCUUGCAAUUGAGAUACCUGGGAAUCUCUCUCAAGGUGGAUCCUGGUACAGGUUGGAUUACAGUCCACCAAUUGGUUAUCCACGACCAAAUACAACAGUCGCAGCUACUGAUAUCGGUGAUGUUAUUAAAUUCCGAGAUGGGCUUCCAGGUACGAAGUAUGAAUUCUGGUUGUACUACAGCAAUGGUACACUCCUUGAUUGGCUCACGUGGACGGCGUCUAUUACCACAGCUCCAGAUCCGCCGUCGAACCUGACCGUCUCAGUGCGCAACGGAAAAACAGCCCUAGUGUCCUGGUCUCCUCCGUCGCAGGGCAACUACUCAGGUUUUCGUCUGCGUGUGCAGAGUUUCUCGGACUCAGGUACGCCGAAGACGAGUCUGAUCCCCUCAGAUGCAGUCCCAUACACCCUGAGGGACUUGACACCAGGCGCCACCUAUUCCCUCCAACUAUUCACAGUCCUUGACUCAAAAGAAUCGGUGGCAUACACCUCGCGAAAUUUCACAACAAAGCCAAAUACCCCGGGUAAAUUCAUCGUGUGGUUCCGCAACGAGACGACAUUAUUAGUUCUCUGGCAGCCGCCAUAUCCCGCCGGGAUCUAUACUCAUUACAAAGUGAGUAUUGACCCUCCGGACGCUAUAGAAUCAGUUUUUUACGUUGAGAAGGAAGGGGAACCACCGGGUCCUGCCCAGGCGGCGUUCAAGGACCUGGUGCCGGGUCGUGCGUACAACAUCUCCGUCCAAACGGUCUCCGAGGACGAGACAUCCGCUCCAACGACCGCCCAAUAUCGAACGGUUCCCUUGCGCCCUCUCAACGUCACCUUCGACAAGUCGUCCGUGACAUCAACGAGCUUCCGGGUCUUCUGGAGCGCUCCCAAUGGCACCUCCGAGUUCGAUAAAUACCAGAUCUCCCUCGGGGGCAAUCGCCGUUUAACACCUGUCACUAUAAACCGGGACGACGAGAGUCUGUGGGAGUUCAAGGACCUCGAGCCCGGCAAGACCUAUCAGGUCGUCGUUAAGACGGUAUCGGGGAAAGUUACCAGCUGGCCGGCCAGUGGUGACAUCACCCUGCGCCCUCUGGCGGUGCGCGAUCUCAGGGCGGAGAUCGAUGAGAAGACGGGAAUGCUGGAGGUGUCCUGGGGACCGGACAACACCAGCACCCAGGACAGCUACAAGCUGCAGUACCACGAGGUCGAAACUACAUCGAUUACUGGAGACAGCAACACCUUGGCAACGGAUAAAACAAGGGUCACCCUGGAGGCCCUCCUCCCGGGGAGGAACUACACGAUUAUCGUUCAGGCGAUCAGCAAUAAGGUAGAGUCUAAUGAGACGGUACUCUAUCAGGUCACCAGACCCUCGAGCCCCAUCAUCGAGGACCUCAAGUCCAUUGAGAAGGGCCUCAACAUCUCCUGGAAGAGUGACGUCAACUCGCGUCAGGAGAAGUUCGAGGUGACGCACACUAGGAAUGACACUGGUGAAAGUGCAACUACUCUGACGACAGAGUCUCAUAUUAUUUUAGAGGAUCUCUACCCUGGGGCUGGGUAUGAGGUCAAAGUCUUUGCGAUUAGUCAUGGGUUGAGGAGUGAACCGCAUGAUUACUUUCAAGCAGUUCUUCCGCAUCCGCCUCAGCACCUCAGGAUCGAGAGGGUGACCAAUAAUGCAGUUUUGGUGCACUGGGCAGCACCUCUCAAUUCUUUAUUCACGGAGUAUGCGAUUAGGUACAGAACUGAUGAUGACCCGAGGUGGGUCAAGCUACCCAGUGUCAGGGAGAUGGAGGCGGAAGUUGCGGACAUGACUCCUGGGGAGAAGUACACGAUUCAAGUCAAUACUGUUAGCUUUGGGGUGGAGUCGCUUUAUCCACUUCAGGUUAAUCACACGGUCAGACCGAAUGCUGUGGUUAAUGUCACGCCUGUGGUGGACUCUACCAAUAUUACUCUGGAGUUUCCCAGGCCUGAGGGCAGGAUCGAGACGUAUGUAAUCAGGUGGUGGGUCGCCGGAAGUCUUGGAGACGUCAGGACAAAGAAUGUGACUGCCGGGGGCGAGACUGAUACAAAUUUUGAAGAACCCGGGGGGCACUACAUUGAGAGAAUUCUCGUUGACGAUCUCAUGCCUGGCGUCCAAUACGAGUUCUCUAUUUACACUAUUUCCUAUCAUCUCGUGGGGGACGUCACUAAUUUCACCGCUCACACAAUGCCCCUGAUUCAAUCAGAAGUGGUGGUAGUGAUUGAUCAGGAUCUCCCAGACUCUCUGACUCUUCGCUACACCCCGACGCAGAUAAAAUCGUCUAGAUUCGAUUUGUACAGAUUUCGAAUAAGCGAUGAUAACAACACAACUAAAGAGAAACACGUCGACGAUACUGAUACUAAAGUCACCUUCGGUGGUUUGACACCAGGAAAAUUGUACAAUGUUACUGUUUGGACUGUCAGCGAAGGGGUAGAGAGCAGACCGAUAUUGAGACAAGACAGACUGUUUCCGGAGCCGAUCAAUGGAAUUCAUGCCAUUGAUGUCAAUGACACAAGGAUAUCUCUCACCUGGGACGUGCCGCAGGGGGAGUACGAUGCCUUCGAGGUGCAGUACAUCAACAGCGAUGAUAAUUAUAUGGAGAAUAUCACGUCGCACAAUGCCAUCACCAUUUCCAAUCUCAAGCCACACAGGAAUUACACUUUUACGCUGGUCGUCAGGUCGGGGUCUGAGUUUAGCUAUCUGAGAAGGUCUAAUCCACUCAGUGCUAGUUUCACUACCAGUGAAUCGUAUCCUGGAAGGGUCGAGAAAUUCCAUCCAACUGAUAUUCAACCCAGUGAGAUCAGUUUUGAGUGGUUUCUGCCUGAUGGGGAGUCCAAUGGCAUCAUUAAGAAGUUUACUAUAACUUAUGGGCUGGAGGGAUCUUCGCACACUCAAAUGCGGGAUUUCAAGCCCGCGGAAUUUCGGGGUGUGAUCAGGGGUCUGACACCGGGUAAAAUCUAUGUUUUCCGGAUUCAAGCCGAGACGAAAAUCGGUUUUGGUCCUGAGACUAUUUGGAAACAGAAAAUGCCGAUACUAGCUCCACCGAAGCCACCGACUCAAGUUGUGCCGAAUGAGGUGUGCAGAAGCAGCACUACCAUACAGAUAAGAUUCAGGAAGAAUUAUUUCAGUGAACAGCACGGAGCUGUUAUCUCUUACACGAUUAUUGUUGCUGAAGACGACAGCAAAAACGCGUCGGGAUUGGAGAUGCCAAGUUGGAGGGAUGUCCAGGCGUACAGCAGUUGGCCACCUUAUCAGGUGAUGGAGCCUUACAACCCCUUCAAGAACGGUUCAGUCGAGGACUUCACGAUAGGCACAGAAAAUUGCGAGAACAAGAUUGGAUACUGCAAUGGCCCCCUAAAAGCUGGAUCCACAUACAGAGUAAAAGUUCGUGCCUUCACAGCCCCUGAUAAAUUCACGGAUACAAGCUACAGCUUUCCCAUUCAAACAGAUAAGGAUAACACGACGAUUAUCGUGGGUGUGACAGUGCCGAUAGUUCUUCUCCUGACGAUGCUGGGUAUUGGUUUAUUAGUGAGGAGACACCGCAAUCAGCGCAGAAAAAUUACCGAGCCAAGGGCAACUGAUAAUCUCUCGCUUCCAGACAGCGUCAUUGAGACGAGUCGACCGAUUCGAGUGGAGAAUUUUGCGGAGCACUACAGGAUAAUGUCAGCAGACUCGGACUUCAGAUUUUCGGAGGAAUUCGAGGAGUUGAAACAUGUGGGAAGGGAUCAGCCCUGCACCGCUGCAGAUUUGCCUUGCAACAGGCCGAAAAAUCGAUUUACAAAUAUUUUGCCAUAUGAUCAUAGCAGGUUUAAACUGCAGCCUGUGGAUGAUGAAGAGGGAUCUGAUUAUAUCAACGCUAAUUAUGUUCCUGGGCAUAACUCGCCGAGGGAAUUUAUAGUGACCCAGGGACCCUUGCAUUCGACUCGAGAUGAUUUCUGGAGAAUGGUCUGGGAGAGCAAUAGUCGAGCAAUUGUGAUGCUGACCCGAUGCAUCGAAAAGGGUCGAGAGAAGUGCGACCAUUACUGGCCAAUGGACACUUUACCAGUUUACUACGGGGAUAUAUGCGUAACUGUUCUGAAUGAGACACGUUAUCCAGACUGGAGCAUCACCGAGUUCAUGCUCUGUCGAGGUGACGUCAAGAGGGUGAUCCAACACUUUCAUUUUACCACUUGGCCGGACUUUGGGGUGCCAAGUCCACCCCAGACACUUGCGAGAUUUGUCAGGGCAUUCAGGGAACGAGUGAGACCUGAUCAGAGGCCAAUAGUCGUUCACUGCAGUGCAGGGGUCGGCAGGAGUGGAACUUUUAUUACUCUUGAUAGAAUACUCCAGCAGAUUCAAGUCUCUGAUUACGUUGAUAUCUUUGGGAUUGUCUGGGUUAUGAGGAAGGAGAGGGUCUGGAUGGUUCAGACUGAGCAGCAGUACAUCUGCAUUCAUCAGUGUCUACUUGCUGUACUCGAGGGACAGGACACACUCACUGGACCACCCAGGGAAAUCCAUGACAAUCAGGGAUUCGAAGGAAAGAACCAAACGUCCGUCGAGAAUGCGAUGAGUCCAGUAGCUGAUGAAAAGGAGAGAUGACCUUCAGAUUCAGGAAACGAGGAUGAGGAUGAUGAGGGAAUCGCCGAGUCCGGGAUGUAAGAGAUUUCACAAGAUAAAACUCAUCAUUUUGUUGAUUUAAUCACCCCACGCUGGAGGCAAUUGAUCUGUGACAAUUAGUGAAGAAUGCUCAAUUUUUAAUUACUCUUUUCCAUGAUGUUUUAACUCAUUGGAUCGUGUCCCAGGAAGUGACAAGUAUCCGUCCGCCACAUAAAUCGUGCAAAAAUUGCAUCGAGCAUUUUCCGAUUUUUCAUUAAACUUUCGUAAUCACCUUUUCAUAUCAUCUUUUUUUUUCUACGAAUCACGAUUAGAUUUGUAAAACUAGGUACUUAAUAAUUUGUUAGGGAGAGGACGAAGGCAGAUUAGGGGUGAAUAAUGCACAUUUUUUUAUACAUUUCGACAAGUGCACCUGAGAGAAUUGAAUGUUAUUGAAGAGGGAUUGUCCCCUCAGGUGCCAAUUGAUCUCUCUACCUCUUAUUAUUGUUUUUGUCUUUCUGAAAUCAUUUUUAUAUGAAAGAGUAUUCGGCUGAAUGGACCACUGUAUGUACAUAUCUUCCCUACAUAUUAAAGAAAUGUUUAAGCCUCGACGAAAAUUGUAUUUUAGCAGAAUAUUAAUUAUUGUUUUUGUUACCUUAUUUUAUUGAUAUUAUUUUUAUCAACGA